AUGCUCCUCUUUUUAUUCAACUUGUUCCUCUCGAUUCCGGCCGAGAUGGACACGGGCUAUGGCUAUCAGACGGGCCAAAUCACACAAAACGAUUCGGAGAUUACGAUUCUGAUCAACUCGACGUUCGAGAUCAUCGAAGACUUUGACGUGAACAAUGAAACGGACACACUAUCCACAGCUUCUCCUCAACUUCCAAAGACGAAGAUUGCGAUGAGAAUGAAAAAGUUAGAAUCUGAAUACGUUCUUCUCAAUUUCACGAUGACGUUGCAGACUGCGUCCCUCCUCAAGCAUUCAGUGUCAGAAGUAUUCGGAGGCGGAAAAGUACAGACUGCUCGAGGCGGCCGGCGGACGGAAUCAACGGUUCAUGGCGGAUUCGGUGGACGAGGCGGCCGCCAAUUUUGCCGAUUCGUUCCCGCAGAAUCCGUUGGGCGGUGCGUUGGACGAUGCGGUUCAGAUUGAGAUGGUCCAGCAGGUGAGUGUUUCCCGUUGAAAGUGCACGGUCUCUCAGGGCGCUAAUGCUAAACACAGUGCGCUCGUAAAUUGCGGAGUGUCGUUGUAACUUUUGAAAAUUUGCAGGUCUAAAAAUGCAGUUCAAUUCGAGUUUACGACCUUUAUUUCUAUCUUUUUGACUUGAAAAACGUCUAGAAAACAAUAUUUUACUGAUUGAAAACCGUUCUUUACAGAAUUUCGAGUUUUUCAUGUUUUUAGCGUCUUUUUCGCAUUUCUUCAAAACUUCAAACCUUUAUAUUUCAGCUCAUUUUGCAUUUCAUGAGCCCAACGAACGAUAAAAAUGUUCGCUAAAUCUUUCUUCACAAAAUUCAGGUUCCGGCGGUUAGUUUUCUUGAGCAGUUUUCGAAAACUAUUCGAAAAACAUCAAAAUCCAGGCCAAAACCUUCAAAUCGAAAUAACUCGGCUAAUUCUCAACGAAAUGCGAGAUUUCUGUUACCAAAACGUAGCUAGUGCUCUAAUUAUUCGACGCCAGGUUCCAGGCGUACAAAAAAUAGGUGUAUUGUACAGAAAACAUGGAAAGAACGCGAACUCCCGUUGAAAAUUAAUUAAUCGGCCGCCGCGUAAAUCGACACAGCCCGCCUGUUGCAAGUGCGCCCCAUUGAAAUCAUUCGCGCCGUGGGAGACCGUGAAGUGUGCAAAUCGGUGAAAGUGUUCCGAUUCUUGCAGUCAACCGCAUGCGAUUCCCGUUGCCAAGCGAUCAAAAGAGCUCUCAACGAGGAGAUCGUGCGCCGUUCCUCCUCUUCCAAUGCCUCUUCGUCGCCCGUCCGCCGCAUGUUUGGCCGUUUCCGUGCCGCCGUUUUCAGCGACGCCCCGCCCACGUCUUCCGGCGCCUGCUCCCUCGGAAACUUCAUUCCCGUCGGAGUUUGCUCCGAUCUCGGCGAGUCCGUCGUCGGAGGAACGCACGAAUCGCUGUGCUCCGAGUGUCGCGGCCUGUUCAUGCUCGGUUCGAACUGCUUUCCCAAGAUAUUCAACACGGUGCAGUGCAAUUCGCAAGAGAUGGGCUGCAUUUUCGACACGUUCACUGAUAUGGGUGAGUACCGCUCAAAAAUGUUGUCGCUUAUCGAUUUUCGGAGCUCUAGACCGAAAAUGCCGCCAAAUUUGAAAAUUUCCGUGGACCCCAGUGUGAGCGACAAAGCGUGAUUGCCUUGUACUCUGAAUAAGUACUUAUUUUUCAGGCCUCUAUUGAAAAAUUUUCAGCACACGGCCAGUGCGACAUCCAGACGCUUUCGUUCAAAGUGCUUCGAAACUCGGGCGACGAUUCUUGUGAGGAUUGGAUUGUCGAGCAGAUUCAGGUUCGUUAUAUCACAAAAAAUCGAAACUUUUAUUUGAAAAGUCUAUGAUUUUCGAGUAAUUUCUAAAAAAUUAACGAUUUUCGUAAAAUAGUGUUAAACAAGGCGCGUUACGUUAUUUCGGAGCUUCGUAAUUUCUGAAUAUUGCUCAUUUUCAGUUGCCGGUCGCGUGCCAGUGCUCGCUGAGCAAAAGCUCUUUUCUGCGGGCAAAGCCAAUCAAAGAGCUGUGA